AUGAAUUAAAAAUCUCAACCAAAGGUUGUUCGUAUGGAGGAAGAAAGUUAUUAUUCAAGACUUAUAAUUUAGUAUAGGCUCUAAAAGACUAGAUGAAGUUCCAAGAAAUUAUAUGUUACUGUGAAGCAGCAUUGAAAAAGAACGAAAAAUAAUUUGGUAAAAAAAACAAUAAAAUUUGUAGAUGAAUCACUACCAACUUCUGUGAGGGGCCAAGGAACUUUUGAAUACUACCGAUAAAAAAAUGAAUAUGCCAAUAUAAUAUCAUAUUUAAUUGAGUAACUAUGUUGUGACUAAAUAUAUUAAUUAAUUAGCCUUUGCAUUAGAGAAACUAGAUAAAUUUGACGAGGCAAUAAGUUGUUGGGAUAAAGCUAUUCAAGUGGAUAAUAGGAAUAAAUCCAUUUAUGAGAAGAAAUGUAAAAUUUCAUUGGAGUUAUUUAUUAGCAAAUAUUCUAGAAAGACUUGGAAGAUAAGAUUAAGUUAUAGAAUGCUGGGAUUAAGCAAUUUAAAAUAAUAAGCAAGCCAUCCAUUUUUAUGAUAAAAAGGGUAGAUAUUUAUACUAAUAAUUUCAGCCUAAGCAUUAAAUAAAUUUAAUCGUCUCUAAGAAGUUAUAGAAUGUUGGCAUCAAGGAAUUGUAAAAAAUUAACAAAACAUAGAAUUUUACAUAUAAAAAUGUUCAAAUUUAUAUUAUUUCUAUAGCUAAUGCACUAAUAAAAUAAGAGAGAAUUGAAGAAGCAUUAGAUUGUUGGGAUUUUGGAAUAAAGAACAACAUAAAAAAUUUAUGGUUCUAUGUACAAAAAAGUAAAUGAAAAUACAAUUAUUUAUAGCUUCGGUUUUAGAGAGUUUGGGGAGAUUUAAGGAAAUUAUUGAAUGUUGGGACACUGGAAUCUAAUCCAAUGCUAAUGAUGAAAAGUUCUAUACUUAAAAAGGUAUUUUAGAAUAAAAUUUUAGCAAAUGCAUUAGAGAAGUAAGGUAAAACCAACGAAAUUAUAGAAUGUUGGAAUUAAGCUAUCUUGUAUAAUAAAUGGUGUGUCUCUUACUAUGAUUAAUUAUGUAUGAAAAUGAUUCAAUUAAUUUAGCAAUUUUCUUAGAAAGAAUUGGAAAAUGGGACGAGUUGAUUAAUUGUUGGUAUCAAGCUAUCAAUAAUAAUGAAAAUAAUUUCAAAUUUUAUAAAACUUGUGCAAGUAUUUAAACAUUCUAAAAAUGAAUAGCACAUUUAAUACUAAAUCUAGGGAGAGUAGAAGAGGCAAUUGAUUUAUGGGAUAAAGGGAUAAAUCGUAAUUUAACCUCAGAACAAUUUUAUUUAGAGAAAGGUAAAAGGAUAAAUUAGUUGUUUAGUGGAUCUGUUAGAAACAUAAGGCAAAUAUUUAUAAAUUAUAAAUUGCCUGAAUAAGGGGAUAGAGAACAAUAAGAAUAAUUAGUAUUUUUAUUCAAAAAAAGGUAUGAAUACUUGAUGAUUAUUCAAGCUUAAACUUUACUAUGGGUAAAAGACUUUGAGUCUGCUUUAAAGUGUUGGGAUUAAGGAAUUAAGAAUAAUACCCAGAAAAAGUAUUAUUACAAAGAAAAAGGUAAUAGAAAAUAUAUUGUUAGCAAUUAUUUUAAAUAAAUUGGGAAGAAUAAAUGAAUUAAUAUCUUUGUGGGACUAAGGGAUUAAAAAUAAUAUAUAUGACGAUUAUUAUUACAGAAAGAAAGGUAGGUUUAUUUGAUAACAUUUAUUAGCUAGGGUUUUAGAUGAGUUAGGAAGAUCAGAUGAAGUGCUUGAAUGUUGGAUGAGCGGAAUAAACAAUAACAAAAAUCAAGAGAUUUAUUACAAAGAGAUAUGUAUCAAUUAUUUUUGAGAUUUAGAAAAAUACUUAUUAGGAAGCAAUAGAAAGAUGAAGGAGAAAGAGAUAAUGGAGGUUUUGGAUUUAGGAAUUAAAAAUAAUAAGGGUACAAUAAUUUUUUACCAAUAAAAAAGUACUAAUAUUUAAAUAGUUAAGUAAACGCUUUAUAAAAAUAAAAUAAUUACGAAUAAGUUAUUGAGUGUUGGCAAUAAGGUGUCAAUAAUAGUUAUAGCGCAUAUAAGAAAGAAUUUUCAUCGAAAUUAGGUUUAAAUAAUAAAUUAAAUUUAAGUUCAAACCNAACAACAUAAAAAAUUUAUGGUUCUAUGUACAAAAAAGUAAAUGAAAAUACAAUUAUUUAUAGCUUCGGUUUUAGAGAGUUUGGGGAGAUUUAAGGAAAUUAUUGAAUGUUGGGACACUGGAAUCUAAUCCAAUGCUAAUGAUGAAAAGUUCUAUACUUAAAAAGGUAUUUUAGAAUAAAAUUUUAGCAAAUGCAUUAGAGAAGUAAGGUAAAACCAACGAAAUUAUAGAAUGUUGGAAUUAAGCUAUCUUGUAUAAUAAAUGGUGUGUCUCUUACUAUGAUUAAUUAUGUAUGAAAAUGAUUCAAUUAAUUUAGCAAUUUUCUUAGAAAGAAUUGGAAAAUGGGACGAGUUGAUUAAUUGUUGGUAUCAAGCUAUCAAUAAUAAUGAAAAUAAUUUCAAAUUUUAUAAAACUUGUGCAAGUAUUUAAACAUUCUAAAAAUGAAUAGCACAUUUAAUACUAAAUCUAGGGAGAGUAGAAGAGGCAAUUGAUUUAUGGGAUAAAGGGAUAAAUCGUAAUUUAACCUCAGAACAAUUUUAUUUAGAGAAAGGUAAAAGGAUAAAUUAGUUGUUUAGUGGAUCUGUUAGAAACAUAAGGCAAAUAUUUAUAAAUUAUAAAUUGCCUGAAUAAGGGGAUAGAGAACAAUAAGAAUAAUUAGUAUUUUUAUUCAAAAAAAGGUAUGAAUACUUGAUGAUUAUUCAAGCUUAAACUUUACUAUGGGUAAAAGACUUUGAGUCUGCUUUAAAGUGUUGGGAUUAAGGAAUUAAGAAUAAUACCCAGAAAAAGUAUUAUUACAAAGAAAAAGGUAAUAGAAAAUAUAUUGUUAGCAAUUAUUUUAAAUAAAUUGGGAAGAAUAAAUGAAUUAAUAUCUUUGUGGGACUAAGGGAUUAAAAAUAAUAUAUAUGACGAUUAUUAUUACAGAAAGAAAGGUAGGUUUAUUUGAUAACAUUUAUUAGCUAGGGUUUUAGAUGAGUUAGGAAGAUCAGAUGAAGUGCUUGAAUGUUGGAUGAGCGGAAUAAACAAUAACAAAAAUCAAGAGAUUUAUUACAAAGAGAUAUGUAUCAAUUAUUUUUGAGAUUUAGAAAAAUACUUAUUAGGAAGCAAUAGAAAGAUGAAGGAGAAAGAGAUAAUGGAGGUUUUGGAUUUAGGAAUUAAAAAUAAUAAGGGUACAAUAAUUUUUUACCAAUAAAAAAGUACUAAUAUUUAAAUAGUUAAGUAAACGCUUUAUAAAAAUAAAAUAAUUACGAAUAAGUUAUUGAGUGUUGGCAAUAAGGUGUCAAUAAUAGUUAUAGCGCAUAUAAGAAAGAAUUUUCAUCGAAAUUAGGUUUAAAUAAUAAAUUAAAUUUAAGUUCAAACCUUACAGGAGUAGAAAUAAUUAAAGAAAGCAAUUAUUGAGGUGCGUUUAAGUAAUUCUCAAAAUAGUAAAUCAAUUUUAAGCUAAUUAAAAAAUGAGUAUUGA